AUGUCAUAUGAUCGAUCAAAUAAUUAUGUUAAUGUUUCAUCAAUUCCAAAUCGAACACAUACUCAACCAUCAUCAUCAUCAUCAAUUCCUAUAACAUCAAAUUCGGGUCCAGUUGAUUUUCAACCACCAUAUUUUCCACCACCAUUUCCAAAUGUAUCACAUCAACAUCCAUUUGAUCAAAUACAAUCAAAUCAUUCACAUAAUCUUGAUUAUACAUCAUCAUCAUCACCACCUUAUACCGGUAAUCAAGUAUCACAAUCCUAUAAUUCACUUGUACGUUCAUCAAAUGUAAAUAUCGAUGAAACAGCACCAUUAAGUCAUCCUUAUGGUGCCUAUGCUGAAUAUGCUGCAUCAUAUUAUACACGUCAUGCAAUGGUACUUGAUCCUGAAUCUUUACAACUUUAUCGUAGUGGUUUAUUAGGUACUGAUUCAACGGGUACAGCUGCUUUUCGAGUACCAGGUCUUGAUGAUAAUGUCCCUCAAGCAUUUUCUGAACAUUAUAGAACAUCAUUUCAACGAGAUCCACGUCGUAGUGAUACAAAAGAGGGUAUUCAAUUAAAUUUAGGUACUGGUAAUGGACCAUUAGCUCCAACAGAUGUAUUUUGUAGUGUACCAGGGCGAUUAUCAUUACUUAGUUCAAAUUCAAAAUAUAAAGUAUGUGUAUCGGAAGUUCAAAGACGUCUUUCACCACCAGAAUGUCUUAAUGCAUCAUUACUUGGAGGAAUAUUACGAAGAGCAAAAUCAAAAAAUGGUGGAAGAAUAUUACGUGAAAAACUUGAAAAAAUUGGUGUUAAUCUACCAGCUGGAAGACGUAAAGCAGCAACAGUUACAUUAUUAACAUCACUUGUUGAAGGUGAAUCUGCUCAUUUAGCUCGUGAUUUUCAUUAUGUAUGUGAUCAAGAAUUUCCAGCACGUCAAUGUGCUGAAUAUACUAAUCGUCAAUAUAAUACAACACAUCAUUUACAAGAACCAUGUGGUAUUACAAAACGAAAACAAAAUAUUCUUGCUGCAAAACAAUUAGUUAAAGAAUUUACUGAUUUACUUUCACAAGAUCGUUCACCAAUAGGUACAAAUAGUCGUUUAGCACCUGUACUUGAUCUAUCAAUGCAACGACAUUUAACACAUUUUUCAUUAGUUACACAUGGUUUUGGUACACCGGCUAUAGUCGGUGCAAUGUCAGCAUUACAAAAUUAUUUAACAGAAAUGAAUAAAACAUUUGACAAAACAACAGCAUCAUCAACUGAUCAUAAAAAAGAUAAUGAUCUUUUAAAUACAAAAACUUCAUAG